AUGUCAAAAAUUACUGUAGGUGAUUCAAAGUACAUUAUUGUUUGGCUCGAUCGAUACAUAGGUGUACCAGGAGAGUAUGAAAAUUUAAAAGAUCAAUUUCGACAAGGUUCACGACAACUGGAAACAUUUACAGAUCCGGAUAAAUGUCUAAACUUUAUUCGACGAUGUAAUGAUCGAGCUAUAUUUCUUAUUGCAUCCGGUACACUGGGCCAAAUAAUUGUGCCUAAAGUGUACGAUUAUCCACAAAUUUAUUCGAUAUUUAUUUUAUGUAUGAAUAUUACAAAACAUAAAAAGUGGGCAGCGAAUUAUUUUGACAAAAUAAAUAUAUUUGAUUUUGAUCAAGAUUUACUUAUUCGACUAACCAAUGAAAUUGCACGUUACCUUAUGAAUGAAGCAGAACGAUUACAAGAAAUGAAUGAAGUUAUUGAAGCAAACAGACUGAUGGAAAAUGGAUUCAAAGUUAAAAUUCUUUUACUUGAUUUAAAUGAUCAAUACACAACGAUGGAACAUAUAUUUACUUAUUUUUUUACUAUUUCGAAUAACAGACAUUAUUGUUUACAAUACGUUCAUACCAAUACCAACAUCGAUAUAUCCUUCUUUUUACCGACUAGCCAUAUUGAUGAAUUUUUACCCCAGUUACAAACACAUUUAAAUGUUCAGUUCUAUGUCUAUUGUUCAAAUGGUACAUGGACAACGCAUAGGGAACAAUUUCGUCAAGCUCAAUUUCGAAUAUUUGAAGUAUUCGAUGAACAAAAUCUAGUUUUUCAAUUGGGACAGGUUACACUAAUGUAUUAUAAAAAACUAUCAGAUUAUCAUCGUGAAUUACGAAAUGAUGACGAAGCUGAUCAACAAUUGUGUAAUGCUGUACGAAUUAAUCGUACUAUCCAGUUUGAACUAAGAAAUCAAAUGGUGACUAAAGUUGGCACAAACGUGAGCGCAUGA